AUGGGCUCAGUCUACAAAGGUCUUCGGCCUUUCUUUACCAGCAAGAGUUUCACCUUAUUGCACAGCCUCACUCCUAUAGUUUUGGUCGACCCUAGUGUUGUUUCGAACCCCCAUCAUCCUCUCAACCAGAGAGUUCUUGAACGGAUCAAGGCCGAAGAGACGAAUGAACCUCGAUUGAUUAUCACCGCUCUAGCAACGAAGAAGAACGUUUCAAAGAACUCUGUUGUUCGCAAUAAAGCAGUUCGCAGAGUUCGUGAGGCAGUGUAUGAGAUCCUGAGGGUUAAGGGUUAUGGAAGGGAGGGGGAGUCGCUGAGGGUUGCAGAAAAUUAUGCUGGGAACGGCCGGGAACGAUUGGUGGGCACACUGUCCUUCUCAGUCACAAUGGAUAGCGUUGUCACUGCGUGGAGUGAUCUGAAAGGGGAGAUUGGGGUCGCGAUCGAUAAAUUUAUCGCAAUUAGUCAAAAGGUAAAUAGCAAAAGUACUCUACGCCCGAGAUCCGGGUCGGAGCGCGGACCUGACCCGGGGAGAUUGCGGCCCGAAUUAUCGGGGAAACAAGUCAGGAGUGGCUCGAAUCAUGGGAAAUCACCGGGAGAUAAAGACGAGAGGGAUACAAGAGUAGCGCAUCAACAUCGGCAAGGCCCGUACAUUGCUGGGGGAAAUCGGGCUAAACGACUAGUGAAUGUUUUGAAAAGUGGGCAAGGCUUGCAACAAAAAGCUGGUUCUGAAAUAAAUGAGUACGGAGGACGACCGGAAGCAAGAAUGAUUGCAGCAAAACCGUACCAGAAUGGGUUUCGACGGCAAGGAGGUGAAGAGCAUCCUCCAGCAGCGGAAUUAAGAUCACAAAAGUCAAGAUUCCCGAAUGGAAAUCGGAGUGGAGAUGAACGAUCAAUAGGCACGAAGGGAGAAUGGAAUAAUACGUCUCAAAAAGGGCGCUGGCGGGGAUUUGAUGAAGGUUCAAGAUUUAUAUAG